AAAUGAGACUACGGGGUGGGAUGGGGGGCUUUCCAGGAUCUAGACUCCUGAAAGGAGCACAGCGUUCUUAAACAUUUUCCUGGAGAGACGCUGAAGUUUUCAAAAGAGGCAAGACUCUGGGAGACAGGCUCAAAGGCCAGUCGCGGGCAUCACCGAGGGCUUCCGGAGAGAGCCGAGGAGUGGGGAAGCGCAGCUUACCGAGAACUGCCGAAAAUUUACGGAGAUAGACGAAGAGCUAGCCGGUAGACCUUAAGAAUCCGUUCCGAAGAAGCACUGAACACUUCAAAAAGAGUCAAAAGGGCGGGAGCCGGAACCACUUCUACAGGGCAGAAGUGUCGGAGGGGGACAUAUUGACUGGCGGAAGAGGUCUGAGGAUUUCCGGAAUGGGCAGAAGCACCGCUGUCAAUCUUUCCAUAGAGCGGAAAGAUCGCAUGCCCUAGCUGAGGUUUGGUUAUGGCUGAGGCGAGCCAGGAUCCCGCGCCGGAGGCCGAGGCGCUGGCCGAGGCCCGAGAGCGGAACAGCCGUUUCUUGAGCGGCCUGGAGCUGGUGAAGCAGGGCGCCGAGGCGCGCGUAUUCCGCUGCCUCUUCCUGGGCCGCGCGGCCGUGGUGAAGCACCGCUUCCCCAAGGGUUACCGGCACCCGGCGCUGGAGGCGCGGCUCGGCCGGCGAAGGACGGUGCAGGAGGCCCGGGCGCUGCUCCGCUGCCGCCGCAUAGGAAUAUCUGCCCCAGUUGUCUUUUUUGUGGACUAUGCCUCUAACUGCUUAUAUAUGGAAGAAAUGGAAGGUGCAGUGACUGUUCGAGAUUAUAUUCAAUCCACUAUGGAGACUGAAAAAACUCCCCAAAGCCUCUUGGGCUUAGCCAAGACAGUCGGGCAGGUUUUGGCUAGAAUGCAUGACGAAGACCUCAUUCAUGGUGACCUCACCACCUCCAACAUGCUCUUGAAACCCCCGCUGGAACAGCUGAACAUUGUGCUCAUAGACUUUGGGCUGAGUUUCAUCUCAGGACUUCCAGAAGAUAAGGGAGUAGACCUCUAUGUCCUAGAGAAAGCCUUCCUCAGUACCCACCCCAACACUGAGACUGUGUUUGAAGCCUUUUUGAAGAGCUACUCCACCGCCUCCAAAAAGUCCAAGCCAGUGCUAAAAAAAUUAGAUGAAGUGCGCUUGCGAGGAAGGAAGAGGUCUACGGUGGGGUAGAAGAACGUGUGUGACAAUCACAUACAGUGAAGCUGUUUUUCAGAGUAAAUUUGAAUGCAACUAAAUAAAGGAGUUGGGAUAUUUUAAAGCAUUCUGUGAUGAUGCUUAAGUGUCAGUAAUCCACAGUUGUUAUCAAGAGUUUUUUAUACAAAUAAGACAUUCUAGGCAGAAUUGGGUACUUAAAUCAAUCUAGGGCCGGCUCUCUCAUAUUUAACCCAGUGUUUUGUUUUUUGUAGUGUACAUGAUAUAUUUUAUUGAACCCACUUUUGGGAGACACAACCAACAUUUUUGAAAUGAAAUAAAGUCUAGAAAAUAUCUGUA